AAAAGCGACGAUGCCAAUAUGGGUGGUUCUUCUUUCGCGGAUCAUAAUGAAGGAAAAGCAGACGACGAAGGUGUACUUGUCUCUGAUCCCCAUAAUAACUGGUGUCCUGUUGGCCACUGUCACAGAACUUUCCUUUGACAUGUGGGGACUCAUCAGCGCGCUGGCUGCUACUCUGUGUUUUUCACUUCAGAACAUCUUCUCAAAGAAGGUGUUACGAGAUUCCCGAAUACAUCAUCUUCGGUUGCUGAACAUCCUUGGGUGCCAUGCUGUGUUCUUCAUGAUCCCAACAUGGGUCUUGGUAGAUCUUUCUUCCUUCUUAGUAGAGAAUGACUUGAGCACGAUGUCUCAUUGGCCCUGGACCCUGAUGCUGCUUAUAAUCAGUGGAUUCUGUAAUUUUGCCCAGAAUGUCAUAGCCUUCAGCAUUCUUAACCUGAUCAGCCCGCUAAGUUACUCCGUGGCAAACGCCACAAAAAGAAUCAUGGUCAUCACCGUGUCCCUUAUCAUGCUUCGCAAUCCCGUUACGAGCACCAAUGUCCUCGGAAUGAUGACGGCUAUCUUAGGGGUCUUCUUAUAUAACAAGACAAAAUAUGAUGCAAAUCAAGAAGCAAAGAAGCAGCUACUUCCAAUGACAACUGCAGACCUUGUGAAUUUGGACCGGCAUCGAAACACUCCUGAAAAGUCUCCGAAUGGACUUACAGCAUUUGCACAACACGGAGACUAUCAGUACGGUCGAACCAAUAUCUUAACAGACCACUUCCAGUAUAAUCGGCAAAACUAUCCAACCACCUACAACCUAAAUCGUUUUGAUAUAUAGAAUCCUGGUGAACAGGUAGAGACUGUGAUAUCAAAGUGUCCCCAACGUUAUCAGAAACUUUUAGUACAUCCAUGAAUGUAAAGCCAUUUUAUUGUACAGGUUUUUGCAGAAGGGAAGAUGCAUGUGUAGUGAAAGCGGUACCGACCUUCGACUUCUGCUGAGCAGACCUCUCAAUGUGAACCAGCUAGAUCUGACACUGGAACCAAAUGCACAGUGUAGCUCUUGUCCAGAGAUUCUGGUGAAAUGCUCGUACAAAACUUCAAACACCUGCUGUCACUGCUCCUUUACAGAGGCUGUCAACUGAUUAUUCCUUUGGCAGCUAAAUUCUGGCCAGUAUUUUAUUUCCACGCUGGUAACGUCACCUUUAAUUUGUUCUCUAAUAUGUUU